GGGCUUUUCCGCUGGUUACGCACCAAGAUAGUUGCUUCCAUAACUCGCAUGGCGUGCGUGUGGGGAGAGCGGUUCUGCAAAAAAGCGCAGCAAAAAUCACAUUCGUCCUGGGAAAACCGUGAGUGCGGAUUGCAGAUUGCGGAGGAAGUAGACUUCAAACGGUGAUCAGCAUGAUUCAGAGGUCUCUGCUCUGAAUUUUCCGAAUUCCUAUAGAAAUACCAGAAGAAACGAUAGUGCUAAAUUAUUUUUGUCACUCAUGUUGCUUCGUGCUUAUUGUUCUGCAUAUUAUGCUUCGAAUGCAAUUUCAAGUUCAGUUGAAGUUSAAGUUAUGUUAUCGUCAUCGUUAUUGUUAUGCUAAGAAGGUCGGUGUGUAGAAGUACGAGACGAACUGUAUUCUCUUUCUUUUCGAAAAAUUUGUAUACAUGGUCAUAUAUUUUUUUUUCUUCUUUGAAAUUCCACUUGAAAUUAUUCGGAUAAUUUCGUGUGCAGCCGUAAACUGCGUGCUGGAGGUUUGAACUUCUAAGAUGAUCUUGUGGGGUAGUUUUCAUUGCAAUGCUUAUGUCUAACAAUCAAGCGCAGUAAUCCAUAUUCAUUGAAGACAUUUAUUAAUGCCAAUGAUUUCAUAUAGAACUGGCAAUCGGAAUUAAGAUUGCUUACUUUUCUGCUAUAGUCAAGAGAUUGUCCCUAAAAGAUUCCCAGAGUCCAACUUUUGCUGAUUAGGAAAAGAAAAUUUGAAUUUGGUUACGUUAUUGGUCAGCAAUUUGGAAAUUCUGGGGGGUCAUGGGCAGUGGUGUUUCUAAGAACAUUUAGACUGGUUAAGUAUGUCUUCGUGGGACAGUCUUGGGGACGUUGCGGGUGUGGCUCAGCUGACAGGUAUCAAUGCAGUUCAGCUGAUUUCAAUGAUUGUAAGAGCAGCAAACACCGCCAGGAUGCACAAGAAGAACUGCAAGCAAUUUGCACAGCAUCUCAAGUUGAUCGGGAACUUACUGGAUCAACUCAAGAUAUCAGAGCUGAAGAAAUAUCCAGAGACUCGAGAGCCUCUCGAGCAGCUAGAGGAUGCUUUAAGAAGAUCAUACAUUUUGAUCAAUAGCUGCCAGGAUCGUAGCUAUCUCUAUUUGCUGGCUAUGGGAUGGAACGUUGUUUACCAAUUUAGGAAGGCUCAAAGUGAAAUCGAUAGAUAUCUGCGGCUGGUCCCUCUGAUUAAUCUGGUGGACAAUGCUCGAGUCAGAGAGAGGCUUGAUGAUAUUGAAAAGCAUCAAUGUGAGUAUAUAUUUGAGGACGAUGACAGAAGGAUCCAGGAUGUGAUCCUCAAACCUGACUCUACCAAAAACGAUGCUACCAUAUUGGAAAAAACUCUUUCUCGUUCCUACCCAAACUUGGGCCUACAUGAUGCGCUUCAAAUGGAAAAUGAAAAACUUCAGAUUGAGUUGCAAAUAUCUCAAUCUAAUAUGGACGUUGGCCAAUGUCAAAUAAUUGAACGUUUAUUUGAUAUCACAGAAGCCUUGUCUGCUAAUUAUUUUGUAGAAAAAGAUUUACAGAAAGGCAUUCCGACACAACUUGAAUAUCAUUAUUCUGAUGCCAAUGGUGAAACUACUCAUGCUUAUGAUGAAAGUUUUCACAAGAAUAGAGAUGCCAGUACGGCAAGACAGGUCUCAUCAGUUUUAUCAAGACACGAUCUGCUAUCCAGCAAUUGUCAACAUGAAAAAUGGCAUGCUGAUUUGCUUGGUUGUUGUUCACAACCUUAUCUUUGUAUAAAGACAUUUUUCUGUCCUUGUUGGACACUGUCAAAGGUUGCUUCCGUCACUGCCAACAGGCACGUGUCUUCAGCAGAUGCAUGCAACGAGCUGAUGGCAUAUUMUUUGGUGUUCUCAUGCUGUUGUUACACUUGCUGUGUCCGACGAAAACUCCGGAAUAUGUUAAAUAUCAAGGGAGGCCUCAUUGAUGAUUUUUUAUCUCACUUGAUGUGUUGCUGCUGUGCCCUCGUCCAAGAAUGGCGAGAAGUGGAGCUGCGAGGGAUUUGUAGUCCAGAGAAUAUAACAACAAGCCCUCCACCCUUGCAAUACAUGGAAUCCUAAGUGAACCGAAAACAAAAUCCAGUCGCUUUGGAAAUAAAAAUACUUGAACGUAGUGCUUCCAUUUAAGUUGUAACACAAAUAUUGCUAGGUCUCUUUGAUAUUGAUUAACCCCAUGUAAGGUUGGCUCUUUUUCUUCUCUUUUCAUCUGUAAAGUCUGUACAUAGUGUAACAAAUACUCUCUAAAGUGAACAGUUCUCUCAGUAUAUAGGGGAAAAAAGCAUGUAGACUGUAUAAUAAAUAUUCAUAAAUGAAGGAAGGAUUUGAUCU